GCCUUUGUCCUUCACCCCAUCUCCUUCAGUAACUCAUCUGCCUCUCCGCCACGUAGCCCUCAUGGCAGCUUGCCUUGAAAAUGCGGCACAUAUCGGCAUAAACGUGUAUGAACAUAUUCGCCGUCCAAAAGGUCACAAUGAGCUCACGCCGUCACCAUUCUAUCAGUCUACAUUCGCUACCACCUCCCUCCCCCAAAGUAUACUUACGGAACUCUACGAUUCGGUAAAGCCUGAUCUGCGUCCUUGCUCUGCGCAAGUCAAACAGCCUCAUCCUCUUUACAUCGAUACGUUGCCAUUUCCAUCACUCCGGCAGAGAGUUUUAGCUUUGAGAUCUUGUGUCACAGAUCUCGGAGACGCUGGAGCUGAUGGUGGAGAGAAGAUAUUUGAUGAAGAAGACUUUUGUAGAGAUAUUGAUGCGGAUGGAAUUGUUUGCUGGGGCUCUGAUACUGAUAUUGGCACUGGUGCUCCUUGGGAUCGUAGGAGUUGGGAAUGUCGACCAUGGUUCCUGCGGAAAUGGUGGAUGGUUACUGGCGGACCAGAAGGAGAGCUAGGUAAACAAAGUCGUUGGUGGGCAGAAAUGAGAGGUGAGGUAUUUGAGGAGGUUUGACACACUCGACGCUUUCUCUGAGUGUAAGACAAAUCAAUAUACGCUGGAUUUUCAUCAGCUAGAAAUCUCGAGGUGGGACCGACAGUUGGGAAA